AUGGCCUGUGACGAACCCGCUGCUCUCUCGGGCAUCUUCACGCGCCAGAACUCUGCCAGCGCCGUCUCUCUGGACUUCGAGCCUGACACCGACUACAAGUUUGUUGAAACCUUAGAAGACCGAUACAAGUGCGCCUACUGCCACCUCGUCCUUCGCAAUCCCCACCAGACAGGAUGCGGGCACCGAUUUUGCCAGCAGUGCAUUCUGGCUUUGAGGGAGUUGAAUGCAGUACCCACCUGUCCUGUCGACAAGGAAACAAUAAAAAUGCAUGAGGUAUUCAAAGACAACUGCUGCAAAAGAGAAGUUCUCAACUUGCACGUGUUCUGCAAAAACGUUCCUGACUGCAAUUCAAAAAUCAUUCUGGGACGAUACCAGGAGCAUCUUCAGCAGUGUUUGUUUGAAAGCGUGCAAUGCACUAACGAUGGAUGUUGUGAUCAAAUUCUUCGGAAAGACUUGAAAGAGCAUUUGAGCCAGCAUUGUAAAUUUCGAGAAGAAAUGUGUCAGUACUGUAAUAAAUAUGUGGUGUUAAUUAACAUGAAGAAUCAUGAGAAAAAUGACUGUCCUGAUUAUCCUGUGCCUUGUCUCCAAAACUGUUCACAGAUAAUUCUGAAAAAGGAGAUUGAAAAGCACCACGCUGUGUGUCCUGAGGCAGAAGUGGACUGCCCGUAUAAGCAGUACGGCUGUCUUGUAAAGGUUAAAAGAGGGAAACUUGCUGAACAUGAAAACGGCGCCCUGAGGGAACACAUGCUGCAGAUUUUAGACAAGAACUCCCGGUUGGAAGAACAGAUAUCUGACCUGUAUAAGAGCCUGGAAUGUAAAGAGAUUAAAAUCCAGCAGCUAGCAGAGGCCAUUAAAAAGUGUGAGAAAGAAUUCAGACAGUUUACACAACUGUUUGGUAAAAAUAGCAACUUGAUGGUAAGCACACAGGCUCUGGCCAGUCACCUGGAUAAGUCUGCGCGCCUGGAAUCGCAAGUGAAACAGCUAAUACAGAUGGCAAACCAGCAACAAAGCAAAUUAGACUUGCGACCCCUGUUUGACACAAUUGAAAAUGUAAAACAGAAGAUUGCCCUGAUGGAGACAUACGAUCAGCGCUUGGUUGUUUUGGAAGGUCAGUCCAGCAAACACGAUCUCCAGAUCAAUAUUCACAAAGCACAGCUCAAUAAAAACGAAGAACGGUUUAAGCUUCUGGAAGGCACGUGCUACAACGGGAAAUUAAUCUGGAAAAUCACAGACUACAAGAUGAAGAAAAAAGAAGCAGUGGAAGGCCGUGUCCUCUCCAUAUUCAGCCAGCCCUUUUACACCAGCCGCUGCGGGUACAGGUUAUGCGCGAGAGCCUACCUGAACGGGGACGGCUCAGGAAAGGGGACACACGUCUCUCUCUACUUCGUAGUGAUGAGAGGGGAGUUUGACUCGCUGCUGCUGUGGCCUUUCAAGCAAAAAGUUACGCUUAUGCUUUUGGACCAAAGCGGGAAAAAAAAUCACAUCAUGGAAAUCUUUAGAGCUGACCCCAAUAGCAGCAGUUUCAAAAGGCCGGACGGGGAAAUGAAUAUUGCCUCCGGAUGUCCGCGCUUUGUGCCGCACACGGUCCUGGAGAACACAAAGAACACCUACAUCAGAGAUGACACUCUGUUUUUGAAAGUGGUUGUGGAUUUAACCGAUCUGGAGGAACUGUGAAAAGCGUACCUGAUCAAUGUGACUGCUUUAACCAUUAAGAAAUGCUUUCUUGGUGACUACCAGCCAUGCAAUAGUGUAUUGCCACUAGUCAAGCUACUGAUAAUGUUUUGAGGCUUUUGGACUGCCUAACAGAUAAUGAAUUGCCAAAGCAUCAGCCUUUCCCUUUUUAACCUUUUUUUCAAGACUGCGUUUUUAAGGCAGCUAGAAGUCCGG